UCGCCCUGUCGGUUGUACUACUCCCGUUCUCAGUAGACGCAUCGUUCCGCUCACUGAGCAGCCAUGGCUCUCUCUACCCGCAAUAAAAGUUUCAUCACAUUAUUCAAGAUCAAGAAGGCCAUCAAAUCAGCACUGAAAAAGUCACUACACAUAUUUACGAAGACAUCGAAGAAGAAUCAAGAGCUGGAGCGAGUAAACUUUGACAUCGAGAUCAACGAAAACCUGCAAAACGAAGCUCUUGAAGCAAGAUUGCGGCAAAUCAUCCAAGCUUCCCCAGCAUCUCUCGACCUUGAACACAACCCAAGCCUACACAACGGAGUUUUGCUCCUAAACGAAGACACGGAAAUUCAGUUCGGUACUUUUUGGACCGGCGGAGAGGAAGAAGAUCUCUGGGACUUGUACCCUCACUUGUGUUCAUUCAACAGCAACAUGAAGGCUAACCGGUCUGCAAGACUACCGCCCGUCAGUACAAAAUCAGCGUGAUAAUAAUAAUUGAUGGAGUGACAUCGUUGCGAUCUGUGAUAGAGGCUCCACGUGUCGUGGAUCUCCUCCGACUUAGGGCUGUUGAACCUUCGAAUUCAGACGUCACUUCUGAAGACUGAGGCCGCCAUCCAUUGCUGUGAUAUUAUGAAGACAUAUUUAUUUGCUUUUGAAUGCACUCGUUUCUCGGCAUUUAAUAAAAUACUUUUAAGAUAUA